AUGUACUUACUGAAUGGUCCAGUAUUUGAAGAACAAUUUCGCAAAUCGAAAUCCAAAGACUUUGCGUUAUUCAUCAUGUCACACCAGUCUCAGCCCCAAGCUUCUGAUCCAGAGAUAGGGAGUGAUCCAGACAGAGGGAGCAUUUCGUAUAAAUUACGAGCUUGUUUACAAGCUUGUUAUGACUGGCUACCCUCACCCUUGAAAAAAACUCUAAAAUGGAUGAGUAAGAAAUUUGAAAUAGGUUCCACUUGGGGAUGCGGGCUAUAUAUUGCGGCUUAUAUGAUUGUUAUCGUAAUACAUCCUUUGCAUUACUACGCUUAUGUGAUCAAACAAGAUCAAAAUUGUCUCGAAAUCGACAAUGAAUUAUACGCCACGAUUGCUCCUGUCCUCUUCUUUAAUGCUUAUAUGCUGCUCUAUACUCCCUAUUUUUUUGAAAAAGUCAUUGCACCUGGUAAUUCUAAAACCGUGAUCGGACAUUUUAUCUUUACUCAAAUACUAGUAUUGUUCAUGACAUUGACGGUACUUCCUGAUUUGACAACGGGAACGGAAGACCGGAUCUUUUUGACGACGGCUAACUUGUUUCUUUUCGGAUAUAUCCUACUGGUUAUUGGACUGUCGUUAACUAUUAAAAAUGCUACUGAGAGUAAUGCCGUAUUUGGAGCGUUAUGGUACUCUUUUGCUAUCGAUAGAAUUUUGGCGUGUUGGAGGGAAGACUAUUUUACAAUGAAUAACUUUAAUCCUCAUUCUUUCGUCUGUCGUGAAAAGCAUAAGAAUAUAGAAGAGUUAAAUUGUCAUAAAAUAAAAAAAAUUGCUAGCGAGAUCACAGAGUUUGGAAUAUUCAAUGAAGCUCUUCGGUAUCAUAUUGUGAGGAAGAAACGCCAAUUUCUGAAGAAGAUUUUAUACUGUUUUAGAUGGGGCCUGCAAGCUCUCAGUUGUUUCGGCCAAAACCUGACACCAAGUACAUUUAUCAUGGAAAAUAUUUUUGUGGUUUCUGUAGUCAUCUAUUCCACGGUACUGUUUGUCUUUUUAAUCGGAAAUAUGCAGGAAUAUCUGAAACCCUAAGAUAAAAAGAAAGCAGAGUAGACGGAGCGUCAGAAAGAAGAAGAGAU